AUCAUCUGCACGCUCGUUCACGGCCUUCGCGACUUCACCACCUGGGGUAGCCAGCGCCUCUCCUCCUGCGGCCAACCACCCCCACAGCGCAUACUCCGCGUCGACGAGCCCGCUGCCUGGAUGUCUCCGCUGCUUCGUUGAGCGAUAGCAGUACUGUCGAGCGGAACCAGCCCCUAAUGCCUCGUAUACGAUUGUUGCCCCGUUUCUCGUCGCCUGCCGAUGCCUUUAAUCGCACGUCAUGCCUCUUGCUUCUGGUUGUUCUUGCUGCGACGCUGUACAGACGAAGUGUAAUAGACUACCAAGACCCUCAUAAAUGCCAGGCCCUUAUCCGCGACGGCCAAUGGCUCGAUCCUCCAAAACAGCCUUUUGAUCCCGACUACGUCGACCCCAAACGGCCCUUCCAGCAUUGGAAUCCCCCAGGAUGCGUGCUGCAUGAGUAUACCGGCCCAGAGAUCAACAGAUGCGCCGAGACAGGCAAGAUCCUCUUUGUUGGUGACCCAGGAAUCCGGCAGAUAUUCUGGGCGACUGCCAAAAAGUUAGAUGAAGGCAAGGCCCGGAAAGAAAAAGCUGGACUAGAGAAGCACGAAGACAUAGAGUUCAGUGCGGCUGGCGCCUUGCUGAAGUUUGUUUGGGACCCGUUCUUGACUUCUUCUAGACUUUAUGAAGAGUUGGCAGAAUAUCGAGAGAGUGUGAAAAAUUUCACGAAAGUUUUGGAUGAUGCUUCGGCGGCGGGGUCUGGCGCCCCAGUCGAGGUGAAGCGCAAGUCCACUGUCAUUCUCAUUGGGGGCGGUCAUUCUCAUGCUCGUCACAUCCAUACCGGGAAUCUGAAGGACUUCGAAGACGCCGUUGACAACAUCACGAGCACCGCAUACGCUCCCCACACCAUGACCAGCGGGAAACGAUUCCCAAUUACGGACGACGACGGCAUUGGCAAUCAAAUUUUCUUCGCGCCGGUCCUGCAGCCUCUAUACGACAGGCUUUCCCCCUCAAGAGCAAUCACGAUGCUUCCCGAGAAGAUCGACGGUAUGAACGAAUAUUUGGAAAAACUUUCCAUAAAUCAGGGCCUGAAUGUCUUGUGGAGCUACGCGAAUAUGACUGCUGGGAUUGACAGAGCGUAUGGCGAAAGCGGUCUCCAUGUUGUGGAGAACGUUGCAGGGCGCAUGGCCGACGUCGUGCUAAACCUCAGAUGCAACGCGAAAAUCGCCCGCCAGGACGGAUAUCCUUACGACCGCACUUGCUGUAUCGACUACAGCCCUGUGAAUUGGAUCCAGCUUGUUGCACUGAUUUGCUUCUUCUUCGUCCUCUCGCUUUCGGCUAUCAAGGCCGCCAGAGGUAUGACCUCAAACACCGCUGCUCGUACGCGUUUUGCUAAGAGCAUAGCUCGCCAACAAUCCAACUCCAUCUCUGCCAAUGCUUCUGCAAGCACUACGUUAGCGCUACUGAGUGUAGGCCUGUGUCUGUGGUACUGCUAUUUGGCAGACAGGACUCAAGUGUUCCACAAAAUCCAAAAGCAGUUCAUUAAAUAUGACUUCUUCUCCUUUUUGUCUGCAGCUUUGGCUCUAGGCCUCCUGACGAUUCGAGGACCAUCAUCUUCUCCAGGACGCCGCCGCUCCGAGUCCUUCACUGGGACCUCAAUUAGACAGUCUUUUCUUUCACGCAGCCAAACCGAGGAAUGGAAAGGCUGGAUGCAACUAUUCAUCUUGAUAUUCAAUUUCACUGGAGCAACGAAAGAAUUGUGGAUCUACGAAGUUGUCCGCCUCCUAGCAUCUGCCUAUAUCUUCUUGACCGGAUACGGCCACACCAUGUAUUUCCUCCAAAAGAAAGACUACUCCCUCCGCCGAGUAGCCUCGGUGUUAACCCGCCUCAAUGUUCUCGCGUGUUCACUUUCCUUCGUAAUGCGCACACGAUACACAGCCUAUCAUUUCAUUUCUGUAUCUAGCUUCUGGUUCUUGGUCAUCUACCUUACCCUUAAGAUCGGUCACCGCCGUAAUGACUCGAUCGCCUUCUUACUCGGCAAGAUCAUGCUCUCUGCCAUCCUCGUAUCAACAAUUAUACACCUCAAAGGCAUUUUAGAGUCACUAUUAUCCCUCCUCCGCCUCACCUGCGGCAUCACCUGGAACGCCACCGCCUGGCGCUUCCACCUCGGCCUCGACAAAUUCAUCCCCUUCGUCGGCAUGCUCACCGCCAUCCUCCACCUCCACAUCGCAAACCUCCACUCCUACCCCCAGCUCGCCACCCGCUCCCGUUCUCUCAUCAGCGAGAUGCUGACCGACUACUUCUCCGUCUUCCACGCCUUCCUCGCCCUCGCCGCCGUCGGCCUCAUCCCAGUGUACUGCAUGAUAUCGGGCAGCCACACCAACGAGUCCGACUACAACAGCUGGCUGCCCUACCUCAGCCCCCUCCCUAUCCUCUCCUUUGCCGUCCUCCGCAAUUCGACGCGCCUCCUGCGGAACUACCACUCCGCUGCUUUCGCGUGGGUCGGCCGCCACUCGCUGGAGCUCUACGUGCUCCAGCACCACCUGCUCCUCGCCGGCGAUGGCCGCGUCCUGCUCGCCACCGGUCUCUUCGCCGGCGACGGCAGCUUCUGGCACGAUCGCUGGCGCGACGUCGCGCUCUUGCUGGCGCUGUUCUUGUGGUUUGCGUGGCGGGUUGCGUGCGCGACUGCGACGCUGACGCUGGCGGUCACGGGAGACGCGGAGGCUGUGCUAGUGGCUAGCGAGGCGAAGCCGGUGCACGAGCGCAAGAUCAGCGAGUUGCGGCUGCCGGAUUACGGGAACGGCACGCCAGGGCCAGGGAGCGUGGCGGCGGCGGCGGCCUUGAACGCGACUGCGCGGCUGGAGCCGACGGGCGGGAAGAAGGGGUCGUCGCGGUGGUGGGCGCAGAGUUUGCGGCGGCGGGUGGUGAUGACUUUGGGGGUGUUAUGGGUGCUGAAUUGGCUUAGCUGAGCGUUUGUGUUUGUUUUUGAUUUGCGGAGUGCUGGCUGACAAAGUUGUGGGUAGACGUAUACAUAGUUCAUGGUUUUGCUAGGACGAGGAGAUUAGAGGGUCUUGUUCGUGUAGGGUCUUGCAUGUCUGGGCGUCUUGGGCAUUUGGGCGUCGUUGAUAGCAUUGAGGUCGCGCAUAGCCAUCUAUUUGCAUAUCUCAUCAAAUCAUCGAGUUAGUUUUCAUCCAUCG